CGGCACGCGUUCUCUCUUUGAAAAUUCUCGAGGUUUUCGGCCAGUAAUCGAUCUGGGUCUGCUUCAAACUCUAAAUUUCCGCUUCGCGGAGCCUAAGUUUUCUUCCGAAGGUGUUUUUGGCUGGAAUUUCGAUCUGGGUCUGCUUCAAAAAUUUGCGAUUUCGCGAUAUUUAGAACCCGAUCAGUUCGGAAAAGGAUGGCUUCAUUGUUGGGUUCGGCUUUGUUUCCUCUGACUCUAUCAAAUGGCGCUUCUCGGUCCGCUAGAAAUGCAGUGUCUGGUGGGGGGAGGAUCACUUCGAGUUGUUUUAAGCAUAUGAAGGAGCAGAGAAAGGUUGUUUGCGCUUGCAUGGCGCCUCCACGGGACUUGAGAAGAGAUGAAUCCUCUGCUACCAAAUUCAAUGAUUCAUUUAAAUCAGAGAGUUUAAGCUCUGUACGGGAGCCUGAGGAUGAUUCUGAUGUUCUCAUUGAGUGUAAAGAUGUCUAUAAGUCAUUUGGCGAGAAGCAGAUAUUGAGAGGUGUGAGCUUCAAGAUUAGGCAUGGUGAAGCUGUUGGAAUCAUUGGGCCUUCUGGCACUGGGAAAUCUACAGUUUUGAAAAUUAUUGCUGGACUUCUUGCUCCAGACAAGGGAGAGGUUUACAUACGAGGUAGAAAGAGGGUUGGUUUGAUCAGUGAUGAGGAGAUAUCUGGUCUUCGUAUUGGAUUGGUGUUUCAGAGUGCAGCACUUUUUGAUUCUUUGACCGUUCGUGAAAAUGUUGGUUUCCUUUUAUAUGAAAACUCAAGCAUGCCUGAGCAUAAAAUUUCGGAGCUUGUGACGGAAACCUUGGCUGCUGUUGGCUUAAAGGAUGUUGAGGACCGGUUACCUUCUGAGUUGUCUGGUGGAAUGAAGAAGCGAGUUGCUUUAGCUCGAUCUAUAAUCUUUGAUACGACACAGGAAGCAAUAGAACCUGAGGUGCUGUUGUAUGAUGAACCAACUGCUGGACUUGAUCCAAUUGCAUCUACUGUUGUUGAAGAUCUCAUCCGCUCUGUCCAUAUGAAAGGUGAGGAUGCAGUGGGGCAGCCUGGACAGAUUGCUUCCUAUGUUGUUGUUACUCACCAACACAGUACUAUCAGUAGAGCUGUCGACAGGUUACUGUUUCUUUAUGAGGGGAAGGUUGUCUGGCAAGGAAUGACUCAUGAAUUCACAACAUCAACAAAUCCAAUUGUUCAACAGUUUGCUUCCGGGAGCUUGGAUGGACCAAUAAAAUACUAGAACUUAUACUGUAGUGGUAUAUAUUAGACGAGACAGUCAUUGAUUCUUAGGCGUGGGCAGAGUUUCCAGGCAGAAACAGGCCAGAUGAAGCAUGCAAAUUUAGCCUCUGCCCACCAUUUCUGUAGGCUUUCUUGACAAGCAAUCUUGGAGCUCAUCAAUGAAGUUUUUGGCUUGUCAGAUAAGUUGUGCCCUUGCAUCUUUUGUUACAACCUUGAGUCAGAAGUGCCUGCUUUUUAACACACAUGCUGAAUGGGGGCCAGCAGGGUAUCUGCAUUGUCAUCAAUUUCUUGGUAAUUUUGCUUCAAUUUUUAUUUUUAUUUUUUGUUGGAACCUUUUUGGCUCCAUGGUCAGAAAGACAAACUCAUUCUAAACAGAUUCAUUAAAAAAAGAGAGAAUUCAUCCUCAACAUAAAUUUGUAGAAGCGAUGAUGUUCUAAAGGUUUCAAUCCACUUAUCUCUUGGAUUCAAGGUUUUGUUGGUCACUAGCUGCUGGCAUUAUUAAAUACUAAGAAUAUUUGGCUGAUGAGUGUGAUUAGAAAAAACCAGAUGGGCCUAU